ACCGGAUUCGUAACGGAGCGUCACCGGUCCAGCUAGAUCCAUAAGUAACGCAUUUGGCUUGGCAUUGAUACGCCCUAGUGCUCUCGUGCUUUGUGUGCUUCUUUUUUCCGUUUCCACUUCACUCCACUACCGUUGCUCUCUCGCUCAGAUGGCUCUUGAAGUCGCUGUGAAGGCCGCCGUCGGUGCCCCCAACAUUCUCGGAGACUGUCCAUUCUCUCAACGGGUGCUCUUAACUUUGGAGGAGAAGCAUGUUCCCCACAAGACUCACCUUAUCAAUAUCAGUGACAAACCCCAAUGGUUUUUGGAAGUAAAUCCUGAAGGGAAGGUGCCAGUUCUUAAGAUUGAUGAUAAGUGGGUGUCUGACUCUGACGUUAUCGUGGGGAUUCUCGAGGAAAAAUAUCCUGAACCUCCGCUUGCCACUCCUUCGGAAUUUGCCACUGUGGGAUCAAAGAUAUUUGGAUCUUUUGUGAGUUUCCUGAAGAGUAAGGAUCCAAAUGAUGGAACAGAGCAGACAUUGCUUAAUGAAUUGAAGGCUUUCAAUGACCAUCUGCAGGCACAUGGCCCGUAUGUUGCUGGGGAUAAGGUCACUGCUGUUGAUUUGAGUUUGGCACCAAAAUUUUACCAUCUUACUGUUGCACUUCGCCACUUUAAGAACUGGACUGUCCCUGAAAAUUUGACACAUGUCCACAACUACACAAAGUUGCUGUUUGCCCGGGAAUCAUUUCAGAAAACGAAGGCUGCAGAGCAAUAUGUUAUUGCAGGAUGGGCACCAAAGGUCAAUGCAUGAAUUAGCACUAAAUUAUGAGGUUUAAUGUCAGUUAUGUGGAGUGUUUGUGUGUGGGGCAGGACUCUUUUAACUCUUAUGUGUUGUGUUAUCCUUUAGUGGAUUUUCUUCCUAUCUAAUAAUAAUAAUAAUAAUAAUAUAUUAUA